AUGAGAUUCACAUUCUUUGCUGCUCUCGCCCUCCUCGGCACUGCUUUCGCGGCUCCCACUGCGCCUACUACCUCCGCAGCUACUAUCCCGGCUGGUCAAACCUGCAAGAAGGACGGAAGUAUGGGUGUCUGCCAGAGCGGAUACUGCUUGGUGAGUUACUCUACGCUCUUAGCUCUCAUGGACCCUGAAGGCGAAUGCUGA